CUCCACAUGAAAUCUGACGCUUAUCUACCUAGACGGGCUGAAUCAAUCAGUUAUGUCGCAAUUGAUGGCCAAACCUUAGAUAAGGCCAAGGGAGACAGGAAUCGCACUUUCCUGAGAGUUGAUAUGACCCCGCUGUUGUCUGUUGUUGUUGACUUGUGGAAGGUGCAACCUGUACCUACCCACCUCUUCAAGGCCGACACAGCAGGAGCAAGACACGAAGAAGCGUCCCACCGGACCACAGAAAAACGUGCGCCUUCCUAUCUGCUCAAGUCGUCUUAACUCGAGGCAGGAACCUGUCCUGACAAGUCCCAAUCCCUCCGCCCAAACACCACUCGCACCUUCUCGGCCGAACUCCUCCUCCGCUUCCAUAUUCGCUGCAAACAAACAAAGGCGAUAAUUGAUACCGACAAGCAGAAUGGCGGAUAGCGCCACGACAACUGCCACCUGUAUGGCCCCGGUCCGAGACGUACACAAGAAGUCAACCGGGAUUACAACAAUCCCCAAAUAUGAGCCCUCUUCGGAACAAGUCAGAGAGACGGUCAACGGCCUGGUGCUGCCCACCGAGGAGGAGAAGCGGACCUUGCGUCGCGUUGCCGGGAAGAUGCCCAACACCUGCUACCUGCUCUGCGCUGUCGAAUUCGCCGAACGCGCCUCUUACUACGGCUGCAAUCAAGUCUACAAGAACUUCAUCCGCGCGCCUCUUCCCCCUGAUGGAAACGGCACUGGUGCCACGGCCCCUGGUUCACUGUACACCGCCGGUGCGCUUGGUCAGGGUUCUGUUGUUGCCAGCGCCAUGACCGAGGCCUUCAAGAUGAUGGCCUACACUCUGCCGGUGCUGUUCGGUUGGAUGGCCGAUGCCAAGUAUGGCCGGUUCAAGAUGGUUUGCUGGGGCGUGGGCAUCUGCGGUGUCGCCCAUGUCAUGAUGGUUUUGUCCUCACUCCCACAUGUUCUCAUAGCGGGCAAGGCCAUGGUCCCGUUUGCCCUGUCUUUGUACAUGUUGGCCAUCGGAGCUGCCCAGUUCAAACCCAACAUCUCCCCAAUGGUCAUGGAUCAAAGUCCACACAAGGUCGCACAUGUGAUUGAGCAGAACGGCGAGAGGGUCAUCGUGGACCCCGAGGCUUCUAUUAACAGCGUCAUGCUGUGGUUCUAUCUCCUGAUCAACAUUGGUGCUUGCUUCGGUGUUCCCACCACCUACCUCGCCAAGCUGGUCGGUUACUGGGCUGCGUACUUGAUUCCCACAAUCUUGUACCUGAUGCUUCCCCCGCUCCUGUGGUACCUCAACCCCAGGCUCAUCAAGCAACAGGCCGGCGGUUCGGAUCUAGGCAACGUGUUCAAGGUCUUGGGCGACUGCCUUCGCCAUGGUGGUAUUACCAGCAUCGGGCGUAGCGGGUUCUGGAACCAGGGCAAGCCAAGUGUGCGUCUUGCUGCUGGCAGCACAAAGCAUUAUGGGUAUGACGACAACUUCGUGGACGACGUCCGUCGAACAUUCCAGGCCUGCGGUAUCUUUGCCUUUACGCCCAUAUACUACAUCAACGGUAGUGGCAUUGGCGCCGCAGCCAAUGCCUUGUCUGCCAGCCUGGAUACUAAGGGUCUUCCCAAUGAUCUGCUGGACAAUCUCAAUUCCAUUAGUAUUGUAAUCAUGGUGCCGGUGAUGAAUCAUCUCGUCUAUCCCUUCCUGCAAAAGCGCGGAAUUUCUUGGGGGCCUAUCAGCCGCAUGACGUUUGGUUUCGCUCUCUGCACCGUGGGAUCAUCGGGCUUCGCCAUCCUCCAGUAUUACGCCUACAAGACAUCGCCAUGCGGGUUCAACGCCACGACAUGCGCAGACAUUCUCCCUGAGGGUUCGGUAACAGUCUCCCAGGUCUCAUACCUGUGGUAUUCCAUCCCUGUCAUCGUGAACGCCAUCUCGGAGAUCUUUGUCAAUGUCACGUCGUAUGGCAUUGCGUACAGCCGGUCGCCCAAGAACAUGAAGGGUCUCGUUUCGAGUCUCAACCUGAUGAUGGUUGGCGUGUCGGCAGCUGUUGGGUUGGCGUCUGCGCCUGCGAUCAAAGACCCCAACCUGAUUUGGGUGUUUGCUGGUCCGACCAUGGUUGGGGCUGUGAUGACGGUGCUUUUCUACUUUACCUUUCAGCACAUUGAUAAGGAGGAAUUUGUGCUCAACACGGGGGGUGAGCUGGAUGGUCUGGAUGCCGAGGGGAAGCAGGGGACUGGUGUGUUUGGUGAGAAGGACAGGGUUUGA